GACAGGUGUCAGAGAUGGCUGAGGACGGCAGUGAGGAGAUCAUGUUCAUCUGGUGUGAAGACUGCAGCCAGUACCACGACUCCGAGUGUCCUGAGCUGGGGCCCGUGGUCAUGGUCAAGGACUCCUUUGUGCUGAGCAGGGCGAGGUCCUCCCUGCCGUCCAGCCUGGAGAUCCGGCGCCUGGAGGACGGGGCCGAGGGCGUGUUCGCCGUCACCCAGCUGGUCAAGCGCACGCAGUUCGGCCCAUUCGAGUCCAGGAGGGUGGCCAAGUGGGAGAAGGAGUCUGCGUUUCCGCUGAAGGUAACGGCGCUGCCUGCGGGGCAGGGUGGUGAGUGUGACCCCACUCUGGGUCACCCGCGUGCUGGGGACACCAGGCCAGUCCAAAGCCUGGCCACCCCAGCCCGGCGUGGUGCUGCACGCCUUGACGUGUACUUCACCACCUCGCGCGACAUCCCGGCCGGCACCGAGCUGCGCGUGUGGUACGCGGCCUUCUACGCCAAGAAGAUGGACAAGCCCACGCUGAGGCAGGCCUGCGCCAGCGGCCACGCCGCAGCCGCCCCAGAACCCAGCGCCCCCGCAGAGGCCGAGCGUGGCCUAUGGGCCUGCAAGGUGUGUGCCGGCUCCUUCCCGGGGCUGCAGCUGCUCAACGAGCACCUUUUGGGCCACCUGGAGCACGCCAAGGGCCUCCCUGCGGGCAGCCAGCAGGAGGCUUCGGCGGCACCCACGAAGGAGCCCAGCGCGCCCCAGGGGGAGCCCCCCACCACCGCCGAGACUGCUGGGGCCACCAAAGAGCAGAAGAAGAAGCCCCGACGUGGACGGAAGCCCAGAGCGUCCAAGCCCGAGCGGCCUCUGGUCACCGUGGAGGACGAGGAGCCUGCGGAGCAAGUGGCGGAGAUCAUUACCGAGGUCCCGCCGGAUGGGCCUGGGAGCGCGGCGCCAGAGGAGCGGGUUCUGGAGCUGGUGCUGGGAAAGCUGGCCUCACCCGUGAGCGACGUCAGCCCGGUGCCCAAGUUCACCCACCACGCGGGCGGCGCGCUGGCCCUCAAGCGGGUGGACGGCGAGUACCGGCACCGCUGCGGCACCUGUGGGAAGACCUUCCGCAUGGAGAGUGCGUUGGAGUUCCACAACUGCAGGACAGAUGACAAGACGUUCCAAUGUGAGAUGUGUUUCAGAUUCUUCUCCACCAACAGCAACCUCUCCAAGCACAAGAAGAAGCACGGGGACAAGAAGUUUGCCUGCGGGGUCUGCAGCAAGAUGUUCUACCGCAAGGACGUCAUGCUGGACCACCAGCGGCGCCACCUGGAGGGAGUGCGACGGGUGAAGAGAGAGGACCUGGAGGCCGGCAGUGAGAGCCUGGUCCGCUACAAGAAGGAGCCUUCGGGGUGCCCAGUGUGUGGCAAGGUGUUCUCCUGCCGGAGCAACAUGAACAAGCACCUGCUCACGCACGGCGACAAGAAGUACACCUGCGAGAUCUGCGGGCGCAAGUUCUUCCGCGUGGACGUGCUCCGGGAUCACAUCCACGUGCACUUCAAGCUCACCUUCGGCCGCGGGAAGGAGUACCUGAAGCACAUCAUGGAGGUGCACAAGGAGAAGGGCUAUGGCUGCAGCAUCUGCCACCGCCGCUUCGCGCUCAAGGCCACCUACCACGCGCACAUGGUCAUCCACCGCGAGAACCUGCCGGACCCCAACGUGCAGAAGUACAUUCACCCCUGCGAGAUCUGCGGCCGCAUCUUCAACAGCAUCGGGAACCUGGAGCGCCACAAGCUCAUCCACACGGGUGUGAAGAGCCACGCGUGCGAGCAGUGCGGGAAGUCCUUCGCCCGCAAGGACAUGCUGAAGGAGCACAUGCGCGUGCACGACAACAUCCGGGAGUACCUGUGCGCAGAGUGCGGCAAAGGCAUGAAGACCAAGCACGCUCUGCGCCACCACAUGAAGCUGCACAAGGGCAUCAAGGAGUACGAGUGCAAGGAGUGCCACCGCAAGUUCGCGCAGAAGGUCAACAUGCUCAAGCACUACAAGCGGCACACGGGGAUCAAGGAUUUCAUGUGUGAGUUGUGCGGAAAGACGUUCAGCGAGAGGAACACGAUGGAGACGCACAAGCUCAUCCACACAGUGGGCAAGCAGUGGACGUGCUCCGUGUGUGACAAGAAGUACGUGACGGAGUACAUGCUGCAGAAGCACGUGCAGCUCACGCACGACAGAGUGGAGGCGCAAAGCUGCCAGCUGUGCGGCACCAAGGUGUCCACCCGUGCGUCCAUGAGCCGGCACAUGAGACGCAAGCACUCGGAGGUGUUGGCCGUGAGGAUCGACGACCUGGACCACCUGCCCGAGACCACCACCAUCGACGCCUCAUCCAUCGGCAUCGUGCAGCCUGAGCUGAGCCUGGAGCAGGAGGAGCUGGCGGAAGGGAAGCACACAAAGACGGCCAAGCGCGGCCACAAGCGGAGGCAGAAGCCGGAGGAGGACGCUGGCGCAUCGGGGCCCGAGGGUGCCACCUUCAGCGAGUACUCAGAGAAGGAGCCCGAGUUCACAGGCAGCGCGGGCGAUGAGACCAGCUCCGCCGUGCAGAGCAUCCAGCAGGUGGUGGUGACCCUGGGCGACCCGAGCGUGACCGCCCCAUCCAGCUCCGUCGGCCUGGCCAACAUCACCGUGACGCCCAUCACCACCACGGCCGGGACUCAGUUUACCAACCUGCAGCCGGUGGCCGUGGGGCACCUCACCACCCCCGAACGCCAGCUCCAGCUGGACAACUCCAUCCUCACCGUGACCUUCGACACCGUCAGUGGCUCCACCAUGCUGCACAACCGGCCCAGCGAGGUCCAGAUCCACCCGCAGCCCGAGGCCGCGAACCCGCAGUCCGUGGCCCACUUCAUCAACCUGACCACGCUGGUCAACUCUAUCACACCCCUGGGGAGCCAGCUGGGCGAGCAGCACCCGCUCGCGUGGAGGGCCGUGCCCCAGACGCGGAGCAGCCGCAGAUGUACAGCUACUGAGCCGCUGCUGGCCCCGGCCCGGCCCGAUGGCUGGUUCCGACUCCUGCGUCUGGUCCCCGUUCCCAUCCCAGUCCCGGCAGGGAAGGUUGGAGGUCAGCCAGCACCGCGGGAUGCGUUAGCUCCCAGCCCGGUGCAGUCUGGAGCAUGGAACUGCGUCCCUGACCCGACUUCCAGGGCCCCAGCGCAGCCUGGUGGGAUGCAGGAAGGAAGCCGAAGCCGUCCCGAUUCGCGCUGCCGCGAGGAGCGGGCGCUCGCUGUGUCCUUCGGCGCCGUUGCUGUUCAGAGCCCUGCCGGUUGUCGCAUAGCAGACAGGAGCUAA